AUGGCGCGCCUCCGUGGGCGCCCGGCACGAUCUCCGCGCCCGGCUGGCGCCCGCCCGGCUGGCACCCUCGCGGCUGGCGCCCGCGGCUGGCGCCCGCUGGCGCGCAGUGAGCGUCCGCACCCGCGGCUGCCGCGCGGCUGCCGAACCACCGCGCCGUUGGAGAAUCUAAUCUCCCCGCGCCAGCCGCGCGUGCGGCUGGCGUCCGCCCGGCUGGCGCCCGCCCGGCUGGCGCCCGAUGCCGCCGCGCCCGCCGCCGCCGCGCCCGCCACCACCGCCCUUAUUCCCUCGCCAGUAUUCGUUGCGUCCCUCUCCCGCGGCGCCGCGCGCGGCGGCGACGAUGACGACGCCGCCCAGGCGAGGACGAUGGACGAGAUGGGAGGAUCCCGCACCCGCGUCGCCUCGGCCCGCCCGUCGCGACGCGCCGAGACCGCCUCCGCGGGUCCCGAACGCGCCGCCCACGUCACCACGCGUUCGCGGCGGUGCCCGCGCCCGAGGUCGGAUACGCGCGCGUUGAGCCACGAGGGCAGGACGACGGCGACGCCCCCCCGUUCCCUUCGGCUCCCACCGCCGGCUGGGCGGGUCGAGCAGACGCACGCGUCGCGCCCCGACGUCCCGGCGACGGGCGAGGAUGCCGCCCGCGCCGUCGUCGCGCCCCGCGCGAUCCCGAUGCCUUCCAUCAUCGACCCAUCGUCCAAAGGUUGCGCAAGCGCCCAGGCGAAUCCUCAGCGCGGCGACGCGGCGACGCGGGGAAAUGUCGACCGCGGCUUUGAAACUCAGGUGGGCACCCCGUGCCGAGGUGCCUGA